AUAGUAUAGUAUUUUCACUUUCACCGCUUCUCUUCCGAACGAUAUACACAUGUAAUGGUCUUGGAUGCAAGCCCUUAAGUUUUUGCAUCUGCAUAUGCAUUUCAUCAUGUACAUACAUAUAUAGUUGUCGCCUUUGGACACUAUCUUGCUGCGCAACGUCACUACGAGGACUUUCGUCCACUGUGAUAUGUUUUGGCAGGAUAUAUGUAUGUAUAUUAACAUACAAUAUGCAGGGGAAUGUUGUACACCGGACAAAAAGAAUGGUUAUACUAUUAACUAUAUGCUGUCGUGUUGAGGCACAAGAGUAGUGUAACAUUAAAAGUGUGUCGCUGAAAAGGAAGGAAGCGUAACUAUCUACCAAGCUUCGAGAUUUUAUAAAUAGGUGGUCUCGUAAUGUCCGAUUUGGGAAGUGGAGAUGAUGGCAUCUCAGGAUCAAAAUAUAAUGUUGCAAAUAUGGAGGGUUCCUCAAGUAGGAACGACUUCGAUUCUUCUGCUAAAGGAGGAAGCGGCGUCGAACAGGAAUUGGCUACGAAAAUGUUGCAAAUACAAUCUAAACGAUUUUAUUUGGAUGUAAAACAAAAUAGAAGAGGCCGUUUUAUAAAGGUUGCUGAGAUUGGCGCUGAUGGUAGACGAAGUCAAAUUUACUUGGCUCUUUCAACUGCAGCCGAAUUUCGUGACCAUUUAUCCUCAUUUAGCGAUUACUACGCUUCUCUAGGUCCACCAAACACCGACAAUUUGCCGGAAGAUGGUAAACUUAAAUCUGAAAUGAUGAUAAAAGAUUACAGAAGGUAUUACUUGGACUUAAAAGAAAAUGCGCGUGGCCGAUUUUUACGGGUAUCGCAAACAAUAACAAGAGGGGGGCCUAGAUCUCAAAUCGCUUUACCGGCUCAAGGCAUGAUCGAGUUUCGUGACGCUCUUACAGAUUUGUUAGAAGAGUUUGGAGCUAAUGAUGGAGGGUUUAAAGGAGAUUUACCGGAAGAGCGACACAUGAAGGUGGAUAAUAAAAAUUUUUAUUUUGAUAUCGGACAAAAUAAUCGAGGAGUGUACAUGCGGAUAAGCGAAGUGAAAAAUAACUUCCGGACUUCGAUAACUAUUCCAGAGAAAUGUUGGAUUCGCUUUCGAGAUAUUUUUAAUGAUUAUUGCGAGAAAAUGAAAAAAUCGUCCGACUCAAUUACUGCCGAAAUUAACUUACCUACAUCUUCAAAUAGUCUUAAAUAAACAACAUACCGUGAUUUACUAAGUUAUAUAAGAAGGCGCGAAAAUAAAAUUUUUAAUGGCGAUUGACCAACCAAUAUAUGUAAAGCUUGUAAUGUCUGACAUGGCUAAAUUCUAAAUCAUGCGACUAAUUAAGCUUAAUGACAAACAAAUAUAUUUAUUUUGUAGCAUUUAGCCCAAUAUGUUUUAGUAUUCUAUAAAUUCUAUAUAUAAAUUAGUUAGAGUUACAUUAGAGAAAAUUAACUCUUAAAAUCCAUUUUGAACUCUAAAUGUCCUUUUUUGGCUGGCUGUUUAGCUUCUACUUAGUGCAAGAAAAUUUAAUUUAUUCAUUGACUUGUUGGAUUUGUCUUACAAGUGGAAAUAGAAAGCCUGUUUUAUUUGUUUUUGGAACUCACCAAAUAUUCAUAUCAAUCGAUCAAUCUGUUUGGCACAAAGUUUUAAUUUAGUUUGAUUUUAAUCAACCUGAAAUGAACAACAAAAUUAAUUUUCUUUUAAAGAAUUAUUAAUCUCUUUGAUUCAUUAUGUUAUUUAUUUUUUUUAUCAUUUACGUGGAGGAAUAGGGAAUAGCGGAAAUCUACUGAUAAUGAGCAGUUAACGAUAACAAUCGAUGUUUCGCACGCUUUUAAACCCAGUAAAAAAAGAAGUUCAUAUAUAAGGCAAAACAAUUACACACACUCCCAAUAAUGACUUUCGGUGGAAAUUAAUAAUUAGUGCCAUUUCUGUUGUAAAUUUAAAUAUAUAUAGAACUUACUUUCGAUUUAAAAUUGAUAAUUUGUGUCACCUAGGGUCAUACUUCUCAUUAAAUGUAUUCAUAAAGUUGAUGGGUUAUGCCACAAUUAACUAAUGUUAAUGUAAUUUGAAAUAUCUUUGACAAAUUAAGAAAAAUUGUUAAAGAUUCUAGGAAUAAUAUGUUAUAUAUAUAAUAAUACAAAUUAAAGUAACUCCUAAACUCGUUUUUAAAACAAAAGUUUCAUGUGAUCACGUAGAAUAAAAACUUACUAAGUACGAUGAACAUGCAUAGCAAAAUAACAACAUAGAUCGAAAGCGCAACACAAGCACAUACCGGAUAAAUUUCCAUAAAGGAAUAUCGUGUACAGAUUGGGUAUGCUAAGUAAUAAAUUAGCUGUACUAAUUAUUAAGUAUUGAAAUUUAUCAGAAUUUGGGUUCAAUAAAGAGAGAAAAAAAAUAAAUGUAUUCGCUCUCACAAAUAAAUUUAUGAUUUUAUUCAUAUAAUCGAAAGCUAGUUUACUAGAUGAAAUAUAAAAAUAAUUUAAUUUACUAUAAUUCUAUUGAAACUAAAGCAUCCGAAAGUCCUACAAAUUUCCAUACUAGAGUCGAUAUUAAUCAGACUAUAAACACAAAAUCUUUAUAAUUAUCUGUCAAAUGUAAGCAAGAUGUUACAGAGAUUCAACAUAAUAUGUAGUUAACUUAAAUGUUGUUUGCAAAAAUACAAGUAUUGUAAGAGUUUUGUGAAUAUAACAUGGAAAUAAAGUUGAAUUUUAAC